CAAGUCCAAACAACUUCUAUCCAACUAAACAAAUUCACAAAAUGGCCGAAAGAAAUCUAUAAAGUCUCCUUUGUUUGAAAAAUAUUUAAGAAUAUUAUUGUACUUAUGCUUUCAAAAUGAAUGAAAUAGACAUAAAUAUUGAAGGAUUUAACGUAAACGGCAUCUGUGUUGGCUGUUUAAAUUACAAGCGAAGGAUGUAUAAUGACAUAAGAAUUAAUGAUUGUUUUAAAGUACUGGCCAAGAUCGAAGUCCCAGAAUGUCUUUCCAUACAAGUGUGUUGGGAGUGCCUGGCUGCCGUGCGGACAGUGGACCGCUUUCAAAAACAGAUUGUGUCGUCUUUCGAGAUCCUCCAUGACUAUUCCCGGAAGCACAUGUUCCUAGACAACCCAUCAGAUCUGUCUCGACACGCUCAGACCCGCUUCAGUAUCUCACCGAUACAGAUCGAGCCCAAUUGUGAGCCGUUGCCAGACAAAGCGGAGGUUAAGGAGGAACCACACCAGAUGGAAAUUGAGAUUGAUGAAUCAAUAGCAAUCAAAACGGAAGACGAUGAUGAUAGCACACAAGCGGAAGAUCUGCCCAUAGACGACGCGUCCAUAGACAAUAACUCCAUAGACAACAUGGAAGAGGUGAAGUCUGAUGAUGACGAUGACGUGUCACUUUCUAAAUUGAAGAAGAAGAAGAAAAAGAAGAAAAGUCGUGAUGAAACUAAAGAGAAAACCAAGAAUAAAAAACUCAAAACCCUACCCGAAGAUUUGGUUGAAAUCUACACAGUGCCCACUGAAAAGGGCAUGAGGUGUAUACGUGAAGAUGAUCUGAACAGUGCGGAGUUUCAAGCGAUUAAGUAUAAAUGUCAGGAUUGUGUGAUGGGAUUUCUAUCGUUGAAGCUUGUGAAUGCUCAUAUGGAGGGACGGCAUCAACCUAAAGGGGACACGUCCUGUCAAUGCGACGUGUGCAAAGCCUACUUUCUGUCGAAAGACAACCUCGUCUCGCACAGACUCCUGCACUUCACGGCGUACCGUUGCAAAAAAUGCGACUUUAAAACUAGUGCGAAAAGAAUUAUCAGCCAACAUAUUCUCCGGCACGAUGAAGCGGUUCAUAAAUGUUCUGAGUGUGGCGCCGGUUUUAGUUCUAGAUCUCGUUUGAACUACCACAAGUCUGUGUGCAGUCGGGAACGGCCGCAGUGCGAUUGUUGCGGUAAAGUUUUCGCCAAUAAAAUGACGCUGAAAUAUCAUCUCAAAGCGAACAAAUUGAUUGCCAGCAAUAAAGAAGAGAAACCGAAGGAAAAGCUAUAUAUUCCGUGCAAAGGAUGCGAUAAAGUGUUCCCUUCUAAGAAGAGUUACAAAGCGCAUUCCGCGAUCCACGAAGGCUUGACAUACCCAUGUCAGAUCUGUGGCAAGUUAUUCCAGUGGAAGCGCAACCUCGCGCGGCACACGCGCAACCACAGGGAGAAGGAGGCGGGGGCGUUGCACGAGUGCAGAGAAUGCGGCAAGUCGUUCUCGAGCAGGGACUGCUAUAACAACCACAUGAAACUGAGCAAGAGGCAUGCACAUCCGGACGCUUAUAUCCAUCAAUGCAGCUUUUGCGGCAAAAAGUUCGCGACUAAAUGGUGUAUGGUUGACCACGUGGACUGGGAGCAUUUGAAGAAUAUCAGAUAUCGAUGUAAUGUAUGUUAUAAGCCAUUCAAAACUGCAAAGAUUUUGGUGGCGCACGUGAAGAAUAUUCACGAGGGGGCGAAACAAGAGGUGGAGGGGGAACACCUGUGCGAGAUAUGCGGGAAAUCCUAUAAGACUGAAAAACGCCUGAAGGGGCACGUAUGGGCGAUGCACACGCGGCGGUCCACAGCUAAAACCUUCAAAUGCAAGCUCUGUCCGGCCACGUUUACCUGGCAGACAUCUAUAUACAAACAUAUGAAGAUGAUGCACGAUAGCAACAAAAGGAAUAAGCCUUCCCGAUCAAUACCGUUGAAGAAAGAAGACCAUAACCCGGAGAUAGAUCUAGCGAAUCGAAUGCAGUUCUAUCAACAGAAUCUGAACGGCAUACACUCCGUGCCUAUAUCCUUCUAACCACUCAACCAUAGGAUAGUUUAGCUGAACAUCGCUGCGAAUCGGUAGUAAAAUGUUAAUUGUAAACCCACACUAAGCUCGAGUGCGUAGUACGAGUUUGCUAUUCACAUCUCACAAUCGAGUCGAUUCGCAGUGAGACCCAGCUGACCAAUCACAGUGCGACGACAAUACACCGCGAUGUGAUUGGUUCGCUGCGUCUCUACUCUAUAAAAUAUAAUAUUUGCGUGCCACAUAGAAACAGAACAUGUAUUAGAACUGCAAUUUACUGUGACACAUUUGUAUUGCCAUAUUUUAAGGGAAAUAAAUAAUUUGAAAUUUGAAAUCUCACUUCGAAUCGACUUUAUAGUGAGAUGAUGCAAACUCACCAUUCGUAAGUGAAAAAUUUUGAUAAAUUUUGGUGGUUUAGGCAAAUAAUAUAUGGUAUGUUCCGCCUUUAUAUGAAGUGUGAGAUUCAAAAAUGUGAUUUGGCGUUAUGUUUAAGAAAAAUAUGCCUAAAGUGCGUAUAGUAGGAAAUAAACAGUGUUCGAAUCCUGUCGGCUAGCAACACUGGUUUAUCAACCAAUCCUGAGCGUUCUAUUUGGUGUUGCAAUGACAAAAAAUGAUGAAGUUUUCUUUGUCCAUUUCCGUGACCACAAACAUUUUGCAAUUGCAUCUCCAUGCAGGGUUUUCCGGCCUAUUCAAAAAGUCCCUUACAAUUAAAAAUACUAUACUACUUGUUUCUGUUUAUUUUUAGACUUGUCCACAAAAUAUAUCACUUGUAAGGGUAUAUUUUGAUGAGAAGUCCAAUAAUCCCCUACGCAUGGGCAAUAAAUUGUUUACUACGAGCAAUAAAUUGUACAAAGUAGAUUUAAGUAUAUUUAAAGUAUAUAACCAAACAUGCCUUGACUAUUUGGUGAUGUACUUAUAUCAAUUGCCAUGUAAUAAUAUAGGUUUGUAUGAAAUAAAUUGAUAUUCAUUUUCAA